CUCGAUCGGACGCGGACAAGAAGCUGAUCCACUCUUUCUUCGACGAGUAUAUGAAGAACCUACGGUCGAUCAUUCUCGCUGUCGUCUCUGCCAAGAACGACAUUGCCAACCAGAUAAUCCUUGAUCCCUUCAAGAAGGUCGACAAGAAAGGUUCGCGUACUUUCAGUAUCAUCACAAACCCGGCUGCAUCACUGCCGAGGAUGGACAAUCCUGGAUUGAUCUGGCACGUCGUCAAGAAUCGCACAGAAAAAGAGAUGCACUACACGUUCAAGGGGUGUAAUGAUGCAGAGAAGGAGUUCUUCAGCAACGGCUAGUUCAAAGAGCUCGCCCGGGAUAGUGUGGGCAUUGAGUCCCUCUGCCUUCGAUUGGGCAAGCUCCUCUGCCGCCACCUGACGUAAGAGCUCCCUGCCUUGCUAGAAGAGUUGAGGCAUAAGCUGAAAGAUACCAACGCAGAACUGGCGAAGCUUGGAGAGAAGCGCGACACUUUUCAACAACAGAAGAUGGCCAUUAUGCGAAUCAGCACGAAAGUCCACAGCAUCAUAACAUCAGCAGCCAGCGGCCAUUAUGCGCACCCUUUCUUCGAGGCGAUCGACCCUCAACGCGCUGUUCACUCUGGCAAGAACAUUCGUCGAUUCCGUGCAGUUGUGCAAGACCUCAACAACGAAUUCGCAGAAGACAUGCGGCUAUUCGGACACACAUACAGCAUCGAGAAUGCCGAUGAAGCCGUUGUCUGGAGUGAAGACGCCAAAUCAGAGGCGUCAUUUGAAGCUUCUGAUGGUGGCUCAGACGAAGAACCGGAUGUAGGAUCUGAGGAGCCACUCGACGGAGAUUCUAAACUGAAGGGUCUGGCUGUCAGGGAAGCCUCAGUCGAGACCACCAGAGGUCGUGGUCCAAGACCGCAGCAUCUGACUUUCGAGGAGGGUGUGUCAUGGGUUAAGAACGCGAUCGUUCGAUGCCGUGGACGCGAGUUGCCUAGCAGUGUCAAUCUGGAAGUGACCAGCCAUCUCUUCUGGGAACAGUCUGCCCCUUGGAAAGUCACGGCUAAAGAACACAUCAGCCGUAUUCAGGAUAUGUGCAGAGAGUUCGUGGAUCAGGUCCUCGAGUAUGCAGUUCCGAAAGAGUUCAAGAAACCACUGGAGAAGAUAAGCACCACCGCUGUGCUCGAACAGAGUCUCCAGGACGCUCAAGAGGAGUUCCAGAAACUGCUCAAGGACAAAGAACAACACCGCAGCUCAGCACACUCUUAUUGA